UGGUCUAAAACAGGUUUGUGUUGACCCACUGGCAUCCUGUCAAACUGCUGUCACCUCCAGACAUAAAUAAAGUCUCCACAUAGUGCUGGGGCAGUCUGCUGGACUCGGCGUGGAAGCAGCAGCCAUCAUGCAGGUGCAAACCAAGCACUACCCCCGGAACUGCCUGCUGACAGUCAUGGACCGGUACUCGGCCGCGGUGCGCAACAUGGAGCAGAUGGUGAUGUUCCCCAGCCUCCUGCAGGACGUGCCGUUUAGUGUGCAUGGGCACCAGGCCCAGGGGGGGGCCCCCGAUCUCUACAACUACUUCACCAUGCUCAAGGCCAUCCGCAUGGAUGUGGACCAUGGGCUGCUGCCCCGAGAAGAGUGGAGGUCCAAGGUGGCAGAUGACAAGGCCAGUGAGGCUGAGAAUGAAGCUGCAAUGACAGAGGAGGAUGAAAAGGAGAAGAUCUUGGGGCAGCUGGACCUGGAAGCCCAGCUCCACCUGCAUUUUUCCAGCCUUCAUCACAUCCUCACCCACCUUACACUGAAAGCUGAGGAGGUGAUGAGGACAUACCAGAAGAUAAUAGAACAGGACAAGUAGGCCUCAGACUCUAGGGAAGAUCCCUUUUAAUGGCAGAGGGCAGACUCUGUGAUGAGGAUACGGAAUAGCUCAUUAAGCUUUGAUGCAGAUCAGAGGGGCCUGGACCUGCAGCUGGAAGCAAAGGCGACUUGGUUCUUUGGGAUGCUUCCCUCCCUCCCUCUGAGCACCGGCUUGUGGACUUGGCACCAGGCCACCUUUAGGAUGCUUGUUGUUAUUCACAGCUCCCCUCACCCUCUUACCAGCUCAUGGGGGUGGCCAGUGUUUCAUGAGGGGCUAGAUAUUACCUGGCCAGUGUGGUAUGGUAGAAAGGAUGUAGGUUUUAGCAUCUGACCAACUGAAAUUCACAUCCUUUCUCUGGGCUGUCAUUCACCACGUGAUCUUGGAUGUUAUUUAACCCAUUGGAGCCUAAAUUUCCUCAUUUAUAACAUGGGAUACUAUUACCUCACAAGAUAGUUAUGGAAAUUAAAUAAGAUGAUGAAUCAAAAGCACCUGGCAUGUGAGUGCUAUUAUAGGUUGACUUUCUCCCACCCUUCCUAUGUGUUUGCUCUAACCCUAGCUUUUUACCCUCCAGAACUAAGGGUAGCAAUUCCCUUGGGAUGAAUGGCUCACACCCUUGUACCUGCCAAGCACAAGUGAACUAUAAAAUGUGUGUUGCAGUAGCAAUAAAAAAAAACCCCAAAACUUU